AUGGAUCAAUCGCAGAAUCAGCGACCAGCGACAUCGACAGCUCCCUCGCGCUCUUUCCAGUUCCACCCUGCUCGUGGCCCCAUUCUCGAUCUCUUCAACCUCUACUUAGGACUCGGCCGAAAUAGCCGCCACAAACCUGAAGACUCACUUCGCGACCCACCGAACAAGACACAGAAACGUGUACAUGCACUUAAUCGGGACCUUCCUCCACCAAAUGAGCAAUUCAUUCUAGAUUUUGAGCAACUCCAGAGCCAGUUUCCUGACCAAGAUCAAUUACGUUCUGUUACGGAAGCAAUUCUUAUAUCGCUAGUAGUGCAGUGUAGUGGCCAUGGACCAAGGGCAGACUUUCUUCUAUUUGUUUUACGGAGCUUAUGUGGUAUUGGAUGCAUCAACUGGGACUCCCUUCUGCCCUCCCUUCUUUCUUCGGUUUCUUCUGCAGAAUUGCCUGUUGGUCAACUGAGUCAAGCAGUGCCAACGGUUUCCUCAUCGAGCUUAUCACAGACAGGAAUGCUGCCACCUCCAAGCACGAUUGCUAAUUCUUCUAAUUUUCAGUCUUCAAAUCCUGCUUCUCCUUUAACCUCUGUUCAUACUAUUGGCUCCCCUGCACAGUCAACGAUUGAACCAUUAUCAUGUUCAGCUAUGUCUCCUGUCAAAUCAUCUGAUAUUUCCUCUGCUGGACAACAAUCUAAACUAAGAGGCAGCUCAUCUAUUAGAAAUAAUGAUAUAAGUAAUAGUAGCCUUCGUCAGCUAUGUUGCAAGAUUAUUUUAACUGGUCUUGAGUUCAGUUUAAAACCAGUAACUUAUGCGGAAAUCUUCAAUCAUAUGCUGAAUUGGUUGGUGAAUUGGGACCAGAGGCAACAGGGAAUGGAUGAAUCUGAUGUAAUAAAAUCAUGGAGACCUGACAAAGCUGUAAUUGCAUGGCUACACAGUUGUUUGGAUGUGAUUUGGCUUUUAGUUGAUGAGGGAAAAUGUCGGGUGCCCUUCUAUGAAUUGUUACGUAGUGAUUUGCAAUUCAUAGAGAAUAUUCCUGACGAUGAAGCAUUGUUCACUCUUAUCUUGGAGAUUCAUAGGAGACGGGAUAUGAUGGCUAUGCACAUGCAAAUGUUAGACCAGCAUCUUCAUUGUCCUACAUUUGGGACUCAUCGGAUCCUGAAUCAGACGACACCUAAUGUUUCAGGUGAAGCCGUAGCCCACCUGCGACUAUCACCAAUUACAUAUUCAAGUGUACUAGGAGAACCAUUGCAUGGAGAGGAUAUUGCAUCCUCUAUUCAGAAGGGAAGUUUGGACUGGGAGCGAGCUGUACGUUGUAUAAGGCAUGCUCUUCGUACCACACCAUCACCUGAUUGGUGGAGACGGGUGCUGGUGCUGGCUCCUUGCUAUAGGCCUUCAUCUCAAGUGCCUACUGCUGGUGCUGUUUUUUCCUCAGAGAUGAUCUGUGAAGCAACUAUUGAUAGAAUUGUUGAACUAUUGAAAAUGACAAAUUCAGGCAAUAAUCUUCAUUAUGAUGGGUGCAUCGAUUUUGUUGAUUUUGUGGACAAGCUGGUUUCACGACUUACAGAGGGUGAUCAACAUAUACUUAAGACAAAUCAUGUGACUUGGUUGCUUGCACAGAUAAUUCGAAUUGAGCAAGUCAUGAAUGCUUUGAAUUCUGAUUCUAGAAAGAUUCCUCUCGUAGACAUUGUUAGAGCAAGUGAAUACAUGGCAAAUUGUGCAAUAGUUAGUGGUUUCAAAUUUGCAAUUUGUGGCAGUUUUCGAACCUUACUACAUCAGGUUGUUUUGGUGACCUCCACAAAGCUUAUUUCAGGUCUGGUGAAGAUGAGCUCUUUUCUUAAGGAGUUUGCAGGGGACAGAAUGAUGGAUUAUAUGAAUAUGGAUGAACGCUCAAUAGGGAUGUUUUGGGUUGUGACCUACACAAUGGCUCAACCUGCUUGUGAAACAGUAAUGAAUUGGUUAAAUUCUGCCGGAGUUGCUGACUUACUGCAAGGAACAAAUUUGCAGCCAGCCGAGAGGUUAAUGGCUACACGAGAAGUGAACCCAUUGCCGAUGUCAUUGUUAUCUGGAUUUUCAAUAAACUUGUGUGUGAAGCUGUCUUAUCAGAUGGAAGAUUCUCUAUUUUCUGGGCAGGUUAUACCCAGCAUUGCAAUGGUUGAAACUUAUACUAGGUUGUUGCUCUUAGCACCUCAUUCACUCUUCCGUUCGCAUUUCAAUCAUUUGGUGCAAAGAAAUCCUUCUUUGUUGAGCAAACCUGGGGUGACACUUUUGGUGCUUGAGAUAUUGAACUACCGACUACUACCACUUUACAGACAUAUUAAAGUCAUGUUUCAAAUUGCGAGAAAACUAUGGUUGGGAGAAUUUGUGAGAGAAGACAGAAUUAAGAAGGGAAAAAGCAAAGCCCUAAUGUAUGAUGUUACAAAGAUCAUUUCAGCUAUAAAAGGAAAACGAGGGGAUCAUCGAGUAUUCAGAUUAGCUGAAAAUCUGUGCCUGAAUCUUAUUUUCUCGUUGAGAGAUUUCUUCUUGGUUAAAAGGGAAGGAAAGGGCCCAACGGAAUUUACAGAAACUUUGAAUCGAGUAACUGUUAUAACACUUGCUAUCCUUAUUAAAACUCGCGGGAUUGCUGAUGCUGAGCACCUCCUUUAUCUCCAAAAUAUGUUGGAACAAAUAAUGGCAACUAGCCAUCAUACAUGGUCAGAAAAAACACUACAUCACUUCCCUGCUGUCCUGCGUGAAGCAUUGAGUGGUCGAAGUGAUAAAAGGAGCCUUGCUAUACAAACAUGGCAGCAGGUUUGGGGCAGGGGACUGAGGGUUUCCGGAACGCUCAUACCAGUGUUGUUAAAAAAUGGACAUGGUGGAUUGCGGUGGAAGAUUUGUCACUGGCCACCAUUUUAUGGUGGUAGUGUAAUGGGUUUUGAAUGGCAGGCCAUGGCAAAAGCAGCAGUCAUGGUGGAAAUGAGGGGUUUGAAGAAGAUGAAGACAGAAAAAGAGAGGAAAGUGGCAGAAAUUUGA